UAUUGUGUAUUGUAAAGUAAAGCAAAUAUUCCAACCAUGUAACGCACCAUUAUGCGGAACUUGGUGCGUUACACAUACGGUUCUUCGUUCAAAGAGGAACAUUAGGAUUUCCCUUACAGUAGUUUCUCAGUGUAUCGAUGUACACAGCUUUACAUUGUUCGUUGUGGUGUGUGGGGGGCAGUUGGGGGUUUAAAAGUGAGUGUGUUUUCCUGCAUUCUUUUGAUAUCGUGUUGAAGCAAUAAAGAAACAAGAGCUCGUUACAUCCCCAACGGCAAGGUGGAAACGUUUAACUUCACAAAAAAAGCAUUGAAUUUACCGAUACCACACAUCCGAUACAUUCAGUGUUUUCCAUGUGUUGCUUUGUGAUGUUGUGGAACGUAUGCCGUUACGGUUGGUGUUGGAGUGAUUGAAAAUCUAUCCCAGUAGGUGUGAUUUCGCAUCGCCUUCGUACACCCAUUCCCGGGUCUUUAGUGUAUUUUCUUAAGAAUGUGUCAGAAGUAGAUUACAUCCCCCAAAAACUUCUACACAAAAAAUCGAACAGCAAUUUCUCUUUACAUCGAAUAAUUUGUUCGUAAAACGGGAAGUUCCUUGCACUAUGCAUGUGUAUGUGUGUGUGUGUGUGUGUCAAGUGUUACAUCUAUUUGCGUGGGGUUCAUACAUUACAGGCCGCAAACAUAAAACACAGUGAGUGAAGAAAUACGGGCGCAUUUCUUCCUUUUUGUUUUUUUGUUAAAAACCGACCCGAACGAGAUAAACCAGGAUAAACAAAUGGGAAAACCAUGAUGGCGAUGAUGAUAAUGGGUUUGGUCCCGAGACGUAGACGUAGGCAAGCAUCGGUAAACAGGGGGCAGCAUCAUCUUCUUAUCACAGCCACAGUUGAACGUGUGCCAGCUUAGUGGUGUGGUUUUGCUGGGGGUUUUUUGUUCGUUCAUAUCAGCUACAAUGAUGCUAUUAGGGACAUACGCACCGAAGAGAACAAAUACAACAACAAAAAAACAAAAUAUUCAAUCUCUAGUGUGUGUGAGUGAGAUAGAAAGAGAGAGCGAGAAAAAGUGAGAGUUCGAUGAUAAAAGAAAGAAACCCAUCGAGAAUAGGAUAGUAACAGGUCUGGAUUACUAUGACAGUUGCUUAGAUCAAACAAUAAUCAAAAUUUUACAAUUAAAUUUUAUUAUUGUUAAAUUGUUAUUAUAUAUAUGUGUUUGUUUUUUAAAGAAAGAGAGAGAGAGCACAAAAGGAACAACGCACACGGGUGGGAUGGAGAAGAUCUUAAAAGUGGAGAGAAAUUUGUCGAAACAAAAGCUACUGAAAAGAGAGAGAGAGAGCGAAUGCAAUAGAGAAAAAAUAUGCGAAGGAACAGAAAGAGAUCGAGUGUGAGUAAGAGAGAGAUAUCUUACAAGGGAUGAAACAAGCGUAUGCUAGAGUGUGUGAGUUUGUAAAGCAUGUGAAAUCGGAUGGGCGCUAGAAAAAGAGGGGCCAGGACAAAAAUUUCAAAUGCAGGCCUACUGACCCACAAGCACCUAACGUGAAAAAUGUGUGGAUCCCACUGGAUUGGGUCGCACUGGUAUCUCACACCCUCGGCAAAACCCUUAUCACUAGUUUCAUGUUGCACUAUCAGCAUCAGCUUACCAUUGUGGUUUCAAACGCUGCUAUUCUUCCUGAACCGGGGAAAUGUAUUGAAGCUCAUCUUCAGUGGUCUUAUUAUCAUUACAACCAUCGAUAGGAUAGAUAAGUGAAAGAUAACCUUUUUGUCUCUCUCUCUCUCGAAUAAUAGUGCGCUUGUAAUCUUCUGCAAAGCGUUACCGCGUGUGUGUGUGCCGUCAAUGCAUGUGUUUGACAGCAAUUUUUUUUAAUAUUAGUUAUUCAUCCAUUUACUUCAGAUCCAGAUCAGUGGCAAGCGUUUUUAAAAGCCUGUUUAGAACAUAGAACACAUAGUGCAACACUAUUACACUCAGUGGCUUAUCGGUGAAUUACGCUCAAGUGUGUGUGUGUGUGAUCGUGCAGUUUUUACCCCUCCCCCGCAUUAUUCGGUGACCUGAUAUCAGUGACCACUCAGUGACCGUGGUGCUAAGUAGCGCACAUUGUGAUUUUAACAGCGUACAUCGAUCUUUCCUCGAUCAUCUUGUGAAAAGACGCCGAUGAUGUUUUUCGUUCCGAUCUAACGUUUAAAAGCUAGUGUGUUGGAAACGUACUGGACCCCCUCUCCCCAUCCCCACAACCCAUCACACACACAUAUAAACACAAUUCAUCGAUUAACUACGUUGGGUUUACCUUUUGGUUAUGGCAGUGUAGCAGUAGUAAACGCUUUUGGCCCAACCAAAUCAACGAACGAUGGAGGAAGUGUAAGAACGUAUGUACUAGCAACCAGCAACCAGGCCUACAGCGGACACAUGAGCGCCUGAAUGGUAGGCUACCGGCAGUACACUACUAAGCAUGGUCACACAAUCCGGCAUACGUUAGGUCGGGUGUUUGUAGCAGCGGUACAAGAGCAAACAGCAAACCAUCACGAAACCCUGCUGCUGGUCAACGGAUAGUAGUUGAUCAAAAUUGACGUACGCCUGUGCUCCGGUAUCGUAUUAUGCGCGUACGGUAACGAUAUGUGCAUGUAAACCGUUCUGCAAAAGAAAAGAGCAAAACGGAAAAAGCUAAACAUCCGAGCAGAAAGGAUAGAGUGGCGAUCAGAAGCAUCGAAAGUUCCGUAUACAUCCUCUAGCGUAACCGGUGGAGUAACGCGAAUGAUAACGCGAACGAUAACACCUACCUACGGCACCAAUAGUAACAGGCUAAGCAAUCGUAACAUAGCAGCAACACACAGUAUAGAAGCAAACACCGAUUGGUAAACAACAAAAAAAACGCAACAACGACGCAUUAAUUGAACGCAAAAGCUUUUCUAUUAUUUUUGUACUAACGAAACCGUAACAAGAGCCUGCAACACAAAACACACAACCAACGGUCCUAACGUACGACGGAGUAACGACCAUUGUUUUUUUUUUGUUUUUGGAAGAAGAAACAGUAAACUAGCGAUAUUCGGGAAGUGUUCGGGAAGCGCAAAAACAGAGUGGAGGCCAGAUCGAAUUUUUAUGUGUAAAAAUUCGUUUCUACCAAAACAGAAAGCAUUCCUGUGUGUGGUCCGUGUGGGCGAUGGCGCUUGUGGUACGAAGGGCGACCGGUGUCAGCCCUGUCUCGCAAACGAUACGCUCAUAAGCUGAAGUUGUUUGACACGCAAAACAACUUCCAUCGCUUCUUCAAGAUUGGAAUGUCCUGCAGCGUAGACGGACUGCCGGCGGGGUGUAGACUCCGGGGCAUGGGCUCUACCGUUCAGAGUGGUCCACUUAAUUCGUCUUUGAGUGGAGCGCAAGAAUCAAGCAACAAUGUCGUGCCGUUACAGCGAGCGCCAUCGCAGAAACCGUGCUGUUUCUGCUGGUGCUGCUGCUGUUCCUGCUCCUGGGCUAAGUGUUUGGCUAUAAAAAAUGCAGAAGACAAUGGGCCUACGAAAAAAGACCAAGCUAGUUCCGAUACGCUAUUCGAUGGUGAACAACCAACGCUAGAGGAGAUACGCAGCUGGGGUAAAAGCUUCGACAAACUGAUGCGAAGCCCGAGCGGGCGAAAAGCGUUCCGGGAAUUUCUGCGCUGCGAGUACAGCGAGGAAAACAUACUCUUCUGGCUGGCCUGCGAAGAGCUGAAAAAGGAGACGAACCCGGAUGCGAUAGAGGAGAAAGCUAGGUUUAUUUAUGAAGACUAUAUCUCGAUUUUAUCGCCGAAAGAGGUAUCGUUAGAUUCGCGUGUAAGGGAAAUAGUUAAUAGAAAUAUGGUGGAACCAACGCCGCACACUUUCGACGAAGCUCAACUACAAAUUUAUACACUUAUGCAUAGAGAUUCGUAUCCGAGAUUUAUAAACUCUCCUCAAUUUAAAACGCUGGCCCAAAUUCCAGAGGGAGUGUCCGCGUCCGGUUCGACGGCAGAAAGUCCCAGCAAUUAGAGCGACACCUUUUCUACCCUGUGUGUGUGCGCGCCCGUUGUGUUAAUGAGUUUUCCGUUCUAGCUUUUAGCCGGGUACGCGAUGGUACGACGGACCGUCAUCGUUUACUACUUAUUUGCUACUACACCGUCGAACAAGUUGUUCUACAAAGUACGGCUGUUUGGUCAUCUAGGCCCCGUUUAGCUGUGUACGCGUUCGUCCUUUACUUGCUUUCACUUACUUUCCGGCUCCAACUGUUGGAUCAUCAAAAACCAACUUGAUAUUUAUUUGCGAAACCCAAUGCUUAAACGGCGCCUAAACAUGUGUUUUUCCGGCAUCGGCCAGAGAGCGAAAGAGAGAGAGAGAGAGAGAAAUAGAAUAUCGGUGCGAAUGUUCACGCUAGU